AUGAAGACGGGAGAAUCGGUUACCGAUUACUUCGGAAGGGUAAUGGUUGUCGCCAACGAUAUGAGAAACUGUGGCGAAGAUAUGAAUGAUGUCAAGAUUGUGGAGAAGAUAUUACGCACCUUGACUGAAAAUUUCAAUUUUAUUGUUUGCUCGAUAGAAGAAUCCAAGGACAUCGAUGAUUUGACAGUUGAUGAAUUGCAGAGUACUUUACUGGUGCAUGAACAAAAGGUACGACGUCGAGGAAGUGACGAACAAGUUCUGAAAGUUGAGCACGAUUCAAAUAACGGACGAGGCAAAGGCAGGGGUACUUACUCAAGAGGUGGAAGCUCUCAAAGGGGACGAGGGUGA